AUGUCAGUCAAGGAAGUUCUCGUGGACUAUCCGGAAAGUAACGACUGGGUACCACCACCCCUCAACAAGUCACUAUACCUAGGCAGCAGCUCCCAAAAUCUCAUCAAAGACCAUGCCCUCCUACACAGUAUGUCCUCAAGUGUUACUGUUGACAGCCAACUCAAAAUGGAGCAUUCUAUCGGAAAUAUUAUCAGUGACGCCGUAACCCGGCUCGUGCGGACCCUGCAGGAAGAUUUUCGCAAGGAAAUUAGAGACCAAAUCCAAGUUUUCAGGGAGAAUUUGAAGGGUCUCCCCUCUGAGACUGUUAUGAGUGACAACGAAACCAGAAAAGAAUUUCAGACCUUCCGACAGGAUCUUCAGGUCUUGAAGGAUGAGUUGAAGGAUCUUCGAAAGACAACCGAGCGAAAUACAGAACAUCUUCUGAGUUUGGGCACGAACUUCAAGGAAACGAAACAGCACGUUCACAGCUUGCAGAAAGACGUUAAUGAACUUCGCAGACAAACAGAUCGGAAUACAGAAGAGAUACGGACCCUGCAGACAGAACUUAGAUAUCCUUGA